AGUAUUCAUCAAAUUGAGGUAUUGAACUGCUUUGAAUUGGAGAUGGAACAGCGGAUUCGAUGGAAGAUUCAACAGCGGAUUCAAUGGAAGAUUCAACAGUGGAUUCAAUGGAAGAUUUCAACAGUGUAUUCGAUGGAAGAUUCAAUGGUGGAUUCGAUGGAAGAUUCAACAUGUAUUUGAUGGAAGAUUCAACGGUGGAUUCGAUGGAAGAUUUCAACAGUGUAUUCGAUGGAAGAUUCAACGGUGGAUUCGAUGGAAGAUUUCAACAGUGUAUUCGAUGGAAGAUUCAACGGUGGAUUCGAUGGAAGAUUCAACAGUGGAUUCGAUGGAAGAUUUCAACAGUGUAUUUGAUGGAAGAUUCAACGGUGGAUUCGAUGGAAGAUUUCAACAGUGUAUUCGAUGGAAGAUUCAACGGUGGAUUCGAUGGAAGAUUUCAACGGCGGAUUCGAUGGAAGAUUUCAACAGUGUAUUUGAUGGAAGAUUCAACGGCAGAUUCGAUGGAAGAUUUCAACAGUGUAUUCGAUGGAAGAUUCAACGGCGGAUUUGAUGGAAGAUUCAACGGCGGAUUCGAUGGAAGAUUUCAACGGCGGAUUCGAUGGAAGAUUUCAACAGUGUAUUUGAUGGAAGAUUCAACGGCAGAUUCGAUGGAAGAUUUCAACAGUGUAUUCGAUGGAAGAUUCAACGGCGGAUUUGAUGGAAGAUUCAACGGCGGAUUCGAUGGAAGAUUUCAACGGCGGAUUCGAUGGAAGAUUUCAACAGUGUAUUUGAUGGAAGAUUCAAUGGCAGAUUCGAUGGAAGAUUUCAACAGUGUAUUUGAUGGAAGAUUCAACGGCGGAUUUGAUGGAAGAUUCAACGGCAGAUUCGAUGGAAGAUUUCAACAGUGUAUUCGAUGGAAGAUUCAACAGUGGAUUUGAUGGAAGAUUCAACAGCAGAUCUGAAUGUGGAUGAUAAUGAGAUUGUGAAUUCAGUUCUUCUAUUCCUUUCAUCAUAUAUUUCAUCAUCAUCACAUUGAUUAUCUCACUUGAGAAUGUCAUAUUGAAUGAAGUUGAAGCUGCCAGAGCUGAAGAAGAGAAUAUAAUCACUGACAUUUGAGAGAUCUGUAUAGAAGAAUUGAUUGUAGAAAUUAUAGAUUCAUUCUUCUGAUUCUUCUUCUUCUUUCUACUUAUUAAUCAUUUUGUCAUCUCUCUUAUUCUUUAUCUCAUUGAUAAUCACCCAUUCAUACAAUCUGUAUGAGAUGUCAGACUCAGGUGUAGGGAUUCGCGGAUAUCAAGGAUCCUCAGACUGAGUCUCUAUAUCCUUCUCAUCCAUCUGCUCCUCUAUCUCAUCAUUGACUGGAUCCUCUCCAUUAUCCAGAACUUCUGGAACAGGUAGUUUGAGGAGACUGAGGUGCAGGAUAGGAGUCUUUGUACAGGCUUGCAAAGCAGCAGGACAGCGGGUGUUGCGAGGCAUAUUGAAAAAAGGGUUGAUUGAUAUAUGUGGAUUUGAUGAUAAAGGUAAGAAAGACGUGUAUUUGGAUGAUAUUUG